AUACAUUGGAGGGCACAUACUAGAAAAAAUCCUUAUCAAUGCAAUGGCUGUGGGAAAAUGUUUAUUAAUGACUCAAAACUUAUUUUACAUCAGAGGAUUCAUACUGGUGAGAAGCCUUUUAAAUGUAAUGAUUGUGGGAAAGUCUUCAGUCAUAGGUCAAAACUUAUUAUACACCAGAGAAUUCAUACUGGUGAGAAGCCAUUUAAAUGUGAUGAUUGUGGGAAGGCCUUUAAUCAGAAUUCCAACCUCGUUCAACACCAGAGAAUUCAUACUGGUGAGAAGCCAUUUAAAUGUAAUGAUUGUGGGAAGACCUUUAAUCAGAAUUUCAACCUCUCUGUUCACCAAAGAAUUCAUACUAGUGAGAGGCCAUUUCAAUGUAAUGACUGUGGGAAGGCCUUUAAUCAGAGUUCCCACCUCCUUCAACACCAGAGAAUUCAUACUGGUGAGAAGCCAUUUAAAUGUGAUGAUUGUGGGAAGGCCUUUAAUCAGAGUUCCCACCUCCUUCAACACCAGAGGAUUCAUACUGGUGAGAAGCCUUUUAAAUGUCAUGAUUGUGGGAAGGCCUUUAUUCGGAGUUCCACCCUCCUUCAACACCAGAGAAUUCAUACUGAUGAGAAGCCAUUUAAAUGUGAUGAUUGUGGGAAGGCCUUUUAUCAGAAUUCCCACCUCCUUAAACACCACAGAAUUCAUACUGGUGAGAAGCCAUUUAAAUGUAAUGAUUGUGGUAAGACCUUUAAUCAGAGUUCCCACCUCCUUCAACACCAGAGAAUUCAUACUGGUGAGAAGCCUUUUAAAUGUAAUGAUUGUGGUAAGGCCUUCAGUCAAAGGUCAAAACUUAUUAUACAUCAGAGAAUUCACACUGGUGAGAAGCCUUUUAAAUGUAAUGAUUGUGGGAAGGCCUUUAAUCAGAGUUCCCACCUCCUUCAACACCAGAGAAUUCAUACUGGUGAGAAGCCUUUUAAAUGUAAUGAUUGUGGUAAGGCCUUCAGUCAAAGGUCAAAACUUAUUAUACAUCAGAGAAUUCACACUGGUGAGAAGCCUUUUAAAUGUAAUGAUUGUGGGAAGGCCUUUAAUCAGAGUUCCCACCUCCUUCAACACCAAAGAAUUCAUACUGGUGAGAAGCCAUUUAAAUGUGAUGAUUGUAGGAAGGCCUUUAAUCAGAAUUCCCACCUCCUUCAGCACCAGAGUAUUCAUACUGGUGAGAAGCCUUUUAAAUGUAAUGAUUGUGAGAAGGCCUUUAAUGGGAGUUCUACCCUUCUUAAACACCAGAGAAUUCAUACUGGUGAGAAGCCAUUUAAAUGUAAUGAUUGUGGGAAGGCCUUUAAUCAGAAUUCCCACCUCCUUCAGCACCAGAGAAUUCAUACUGGUGAGAAGCCAUUUCAAUGUCAUGAUUGUGGGAAGGCCUUUAAUCAGAGUUCCAACCUCCUUAAACACCAGAGAAUUCAUACUGGUGAGAAGCCAUUUAAAUGUAAUGAUUGUGGGAAGGCCUUUAAUCGGAGUUCAAAUUUAAUUGUCCAUCAGAGAAUUCAUACUGGAAAGCUCAUUAGAAAAUCAUGAAUGUGGUAAAGAUUUCAAUAAGAGAACAAACUUCCUGGUACAUCAGAGAAUUCACAUUGGUGAGGAACCUUAUAAAUGUGAAGGCUGUGAGAAAGUCCUCAGUUUUCAGUCAUAUUUUCUUGACCAUCAGAGGGCCCAUAUU